AUGAAGCCGGCCGCGGGCGCUGUAGCCGAUCAGAACGGCAGCCACGCCAUCAGCACCGUCAGGAACACCAUCAGCAGCAGCAGCAACAGCAACGGCAGCAACAGCAGCAGCAGCAAUGGCCAGGCAGCAGCGGACGCCGCGCGAGGACACGGCGAGAACGGGCACACUGACGCGCCUGCCGGCCCCGCAGGCGCCGCUGAUGGCGCCGCCGCCGCAGCGGCCGGAUCGCGCCUUGCCGACCGCCAGGCACGCCUGCGCCGCCUCCAGCGCCGCGCCGCGGCCGCAGCAGCGGCGGCAGCUGCAGCGCGGCGCCCUUCGGCCCGGGAGCCCCCGGACCUCGGGCCCAUCCUCCAUGGCGCCCCCUCGCUCCUGGAGCUCCCCCGUUCGCGCGCUGGCGCCGCAGCGGAGGCCGCAGGUAGUGUCGAGGUGUUGGCUGCGGCGGCCCCGCCCGCCGCCGCGGACCUGCAGGCCUGCUGGCGCGGCGCGCCCCUGGGGCCGCUCCCGGGCGGCGCGGAGGUGGCGCGCGACCGCGCCCUCACGGCCCGGAUCGGCGCGGCGGUGUCGUGGGGCCAGGUGGAGGACGCGCUGCGGGACCACGGGCGGGCGCCCAACAAGCUGCACGUCGCGGCAGCGCUCUCGCGGCUGGCCCAGCUGCGGCUGUCAGGGGCGCCGGGCAGGGCGGCGGCCGAAGCUGCGGCGGGCAAGGCCGGCCUCGGCGGCGCCGCACCCACGGGCACCGUCACCAGCAACAGCGGCGGCGGGUGGGACGGCGCUGCCGCGGGCCGUCCGCCGCCCCUGGAUGACCUGUGUGAGGGGCAGCAGGCCCUGGUGGAGGCCCUGGCCUCGCGGCUGGAGGGGGGCGGGUGGCGCGCCCUGGGGCCCAUCGAGCUGGCUGCGGUGCUGACGGCCCUGGCGCGGCUGGACCAGCAGCUGGCGCCGCACCACGAGGAGGGCGCGCUCGCCGCGCUGGCGGCCGCCGCGGCGCAGCCCUCGCCGCGGCGGCGGCUGCGGCGCAGGGUGGUCACCUGCCUGUGGGCGCUCGCGCGGCUGUCUGUCACGCCGCCAGAGGGCCUGUUGCGGGCGGGCGUCCGCGUGAGCCUCGGCAUCCGCGGCGGCGGCGCGGCAGGGCCCGCAGCGCCCAACGCCGGGCCGCCUGAGCCGCUCCCGCCCGAGGCGCUGGUCGCGCUGCUGUGGGCGCUCGGCCGCUGGCGCGCGCCGCUGGGCGCCGGGGAGGCGCAGGCACUGCAGGCGGCGGCGCGCGGCGCGGCGGCGACCCUUGGGCCUCGCGGCCUCGCGGUCACCGGCUGGGCGUUUGCACGGCUGCGGCUGCGGCCGUCUGUGGGCUGGGCGGAGGAGUGGGCGGCCGCCAUGGCGGCGGGGGCGAGGUCAGCCAACGGCCAUGACGUCGCUAUGGCACUGUGGGCGGCGGCCAGCCUGCGGGAUCCGGGGGAGUCUGCUGCACCGGGCUCAAGCGGCGGCGGCGGCGGCGGGACUCAGGGACGACCUCUCAGCACGCCAGCGAUUGAGGCGGCGACAGCCAGCGCGGUGCGCGCAGAGGCGCCGCCUGAGGCCGCCGCCGCGUGGCGGCCGCCCCGCCAGCUGCUUGAUGCACUGUCGCACCGCGCCGCCGCCGAAGCCGCAGCUGCCGCUGCGGCCGCUGCUGCCGCUGCUCCGCACGGCGGGGGUGCGGCUUCGACCGCGUCGGAGCUUGCAGUGUCGCUCUGGGCCCUCGGCCGCCUGCGCUUCCGCCCCCGGUCGAACGACCUGCACGCGCUCGCCUCCGGUGUCGCCGCCGCGGCGUCCGCCGGCCAGCUGGCCCCACAGGGCUACGCGAUGGCCGCCUGCGCCCUCGCGCGGCUGGGCGCGACCCCGAGCGCCGCCUGGCUGGACGGCCUGCUGGGCCACGCGUACGAGGUGCUGCCCCUGUUUGGGCCCCGCGAGGCGGCCGGCCUGAUGAUGGGCCUGGGGGCGCUGCGCCACAUCCCGUCGGAGCGCUGGAUGCGCGUGUGGUGGUGGGACACCGCCGGGAAGUUGCCCGAGUUUGGGCCCCAGGAGCUGGCCCUCUGCCUGCGCGCGGCAGUGGGACUGGGGCAGGCGCCGCCGGCCGGCUGGCUGCGCGCGUGGCUGGCACGCAGCCUCGCUCUGCUGCGGGCGCGGCGGAUGGGGGGGCCCGCGCUGCGCAUGGCGCUGCCAGCGUUUGGCGCGCUGGAGCGUGCGCCGGGCGCUGAGUGGAUGGCCGAGUUUUGGCGCCAGACGGGCGGCGAGGCAGGCCUAGCAAGCGUCAGCAGCAUCAGCAGCAGCAGCAGCAUCAACGGGGGCCGUGACAAAACAAGCAGCAGCAGCAGCAGCAGCAGCAGCAGCAGCAGCAGCAGCAGCAGCAGCAGCAGCAGCAGCAGCUUGCGCAGCAGGGGCGGCAGCAGCUCUAUCAGCGUGGGCAACGGAGCCGUCGCGGCCUCGUCGUGCGACCUGGUCACGUGGGAUGCAUUCACCUGCGGCCGCGUGCUGUGGGCGCUGGCGCGGCUGGGCCAGAGCCCGCCGCCGUUGUGGGCGGCCGCGUUCCUGCGCCACACGCGGACGCUGCUGCCGUGCUGCCCGCCGCAGCGCGUGUCUGACAUGGUCUGGGCGCUGGCGACGCUGGAGCUGAGCCCGCCGGAUGCCUGGAUGGACGCGUGCGCUGCGCGGCUGGCGGAGUGCGGCGCGCUCGAGGGGGCGCGCGGGUCUGCCGCAGAGCGUGCGGUGGCAAGGGGCCGGGGCCGCGGGGAGGAUGGCCGUGGCGGUGCGGCGCCCGGGGCUCCAGGGCUGCCUCCGCGCCACCUGGCCCGGCUGCUGUGGGGCCUGGAGCGGCUGGACCCUGGGGGGCGCUGGGUGCCGCGGGACGGCCUGGUGCGGUGGCAAGAGCUGUGA